AUGACAGUCCGCGUAUGUUCACACCGACGAUCAUCAUUACCAAUGCAGAGUGAUGUUUUAAACGAACAACAACAACAAUUAUCAACCGAUAUUGAUUGUUCUUCUUCAAUAUCAACAACGACUGCAACGACACUCAUUUAUUCUGGUUUAAAACUGCAUCCUAAACCACUCGUACCAACAAUAUCAAUGCCCGGCGUGGCAAGUCCAUUAUCAAUCGUGAAAAAAUUAUCACUCCCUGAUUCACAUUUGGAUAAUUCAACCAAUAAUGUAAGACACACAUCGUCGUCAAAUUCGACUACGACAACAUCAACUACAACUCCGUCAUCGAUUCGUCUAGUAACACCAACUGGUAAAUCAUCUUCUCCAACAAAUUUAUCAUUUCAAUUAACUGAUAAAUCAACAACCAACGGAGGUUUUUCGACAUCGAAGACAUAUAUACUAAAUCCUCAACAGAGCAGUACAACAACAGUAAAAAAACAACAAAUACCGUCGAAUUCAACACCGACAUCGUCGUUAGUAACGUUAAUUCCGCCUGGAACAACGUCACCGAAAAUUCAGACGUUGAAUACUGUCACGAUUGCUUCAACAAAUGAUAUAGCAUCUGACAGAUCUUCGUCGAACAAUUCGAGUCAACCGGUUUAUCUCUCGAAAAAUCGCGUUACUCGCGUACAGCCAUUGAUUACGAAUUCCACUUCAUCAUCAUCAGUAGCAUCGUCAACAACUGUAACAAAUAAUAUCACGCCAAAACUAGUCAUCCAGCCGAGUACAAACUCCUCCAAUACGACUAAUAGUUUUUGGCAACCACAUCAGCAAACACAAGCAACGAAGAUCUUUUCGAUUCCACCAUCAUCGAUUCUACCGACAGCUAAAGUACUUUCUCGGCCAGUUCAGUUGAUUCCUACGUCAAUAUCUUCUUCGGAGCAUCAUCAUCAUCAUCCACACAUCACUCAUGUUCAAAGCGUGAAAAGUGAAAAAAAUGAAACUUUCCCUAUAAGUAUGCAUUUCGGCCUCUCAUCUCCGACAACAGCAGAAAAUCCUCUCGCACCAUUGAAUGUUCAAGUCCAACAUCCUCAUUCGUAUUUAGCAAAAAAUCUUGAUUCUUCCGGUCAUCAAACUUAUUUUCAUAUGCAAUUGUUACCUUCGUCAUCAAAUACUGAAUCAAUCAACUCUUCCCAACAGUCACUUCAAUUUACACUUCCAGCAACCCAUCUAUACUCAUCCUCGACCUCGACAUCCUCCUCAUCACCAUCUGUACUUAUUUCAACUACACAACGUUCGAUGGAUCAUAAUAAUAAUCAUCAAUCAACGACAGCUACGAUAACAACUCCAAUUAUUCGCGAAAUGCAAAUCGAUGAGAAAUCUAGUGAUUCAAACAUUAUCAAAAAUUUUCAUCACAACAAAAUGUCAACGAAAAAUCGAACACGUCUUCCUCUACAACCAUCAGCGCAGCAAAUAACACCAACUACCACAUCACUUCUACCAUCAUCAUCAUCAUCUACUUCUUCACCAGCGUCAUCGUCAUCAACGAUCACGACUACCAUUCGACAGCCCAAGAAACACAAACUCAUCGACGAUGACCAACUAUCGUCCGGUGAGCCUCCGUCUAAACUACCUCAUUGUGAACAGUUCGAUUCAUCAUCAAAUCUGAAAAAACUCUCUAAUACUCGCUGCCGGCCAUUAUCAAAGUUUUCCAUCGAAAAUACGACGCCAACGUCAUCGAUGAGUUUCGAUGCAAGUGGAAUAUCAAAAAAACGCCAUUCAGCAGAAACAGCCAAUGCUGCUAUGCUAUCAAAAAAACGACGAACCAUAGCAAAACUAACGCCUGACUCUGUAUCGAAUGAAAACGUGAAGCAAGAAGCAACAUCGGCAGAUAUCAUUAUCGAUCAAAUUGACGAUGAACUUCUUCGACGACUGUCUCAAGAUUUUGUUUACGUCGAUAAACGAACCGGUAUUCGCUGGAUUGGAACAAAAACUCGGCCAAAAUCAAUGAGUACACUUGUAUCACGGUUCUCAUGGAAACCAAAAAUCAAUCACUACGAAAAAUAUUCAGAUAUCAUUCGAACGAAUCCAAAACGAACUGUACCUGUAAAAAGUAUUGAUACAAUACAGAAACGCUUAACUGAACCAUGGGCAUCGUGGCGUAUUGAUCGAUUGACAACCUAUCUAGCUGAUUUGACACAAGAUGAGCAAAUAACACAAAAUCAAUUAUCAGAUAUAACCCAACUAUUAGAUACUGAAGAUGAAACAAUACGAACGACAAUCGACGACUUGAUUCAAGCGAAUCUUCAACGACAUCGUUGUUUCUGUGAACAAUUGACUCAAAUCUCCAAUGUGCUUGUUAAUUUACUUGAUCAUGGAAAUACCUUACGAGAUAUUUGUUCAAUGUCAAGAUCUUCAACAACAAAACGGACGAAAGAACGCUAG